AUGGCCUUUUCCGACUUGUCGGUCAUUGUCGUUGGCCUUGGCACCCUCUACUUUAUUCUUUACCGCCUGCAACUGCGUCGGACCCGCCCCGAUGAGCCGCCCGUCAUCCCGGCACCGGGCCUUCCAUUCCUUGGUCAUGUCCUGUGCAUGGCCUUGCAGGGCGGUCGCUACAUGCAGCAGCUCGGGCUGCGCAUCCAGCAUAUGGCCCAAGGCGGUGUAGGCACGACUCUUGGCGGCCCUACGCCGUCGGCGCUCUCUUCGCCGUCAUCCUCUUCCACUUCCGCGUCUCAAUCGUCCGGCCCGGCAGGCAUUGUCACACUACCGGUCCCCGGCUCAUGCAUCUACCUCGUAACCGACCCGUCGCUGGCGGCCGCCGUGCAGCGCGCAUCCCGCGCCCUGUCCUUUACGCCUCUUGUGCCCGACGUAACGCGCCGCGUCCUCGGCCUCGACAAGAAGACUGUUGGCAUCGUCCGUGGUGAAAAUCUGGCCGUAGCGACGUCGCCUAGGCUUAGACCGGCAGCAGCAUCCGGGACUGGGCCAACCAUGUCCAUUGUCGACGACCAAAAGUAUGAUGAGUCGUACGGCUUCCUGGCCGACAUGCACGACAUGGUUUACAGCUACUUGGGACCCGGCGAUACAUUAACAUCCUUUGUGAAAGAUGCGGUCAGCGAGCUGGUCGGCCAAGUCAACUCGUACGCCUCCGACCUGGACGCCCCAACGACUUCGACUCCAACGACAGCGGCCGUGGUCGAUUUGCUGGCUUGGAUGAAGCAUUUUGUCACGCUGGGCACUGCGCAGUUCUUGUACGGCCCGCGCAACCCGCUCGCCAUGGAGCCCGCGUUAGAGCCAGCGUUCUGGGAAUUCGUGCAUGGUCUUGGCCGGCUGCUUCUCGUGGGCGACCGUCAACCCGGGUCGCUGAUGGCAUCGCUUCUAGGCGGGCGUCCCUUUGCCGCACGCGAACAGCUCGUGGAUGGAUUCACGACGUACCUGACUGCAGACGAGCAUCUGUCCAGUGACAGCAGCGAGAUUGUGCGGCGCCGCGUUGCCAUUGCCGACCGCUACGGCUGGGCCCGUUCCAGCACGGCACGGUCUGAGCUGUCGUUUUUAUUUGCCGGCAUCAUCAACACGGCCGUGACAUCGUUUUGGGUCGUUCUCAGACUGUUCUCCAACUUGGACUUGCUUCAGACCGUGCGAGGCGAGUUGGAGACACGAAGCGAUGGCAACAGCGACGACAACUACGACGACGGCGACACGCUGAGCAUCGAACACAUUCGCACAAACUGCCCGACCCUGCUGGCUGUCUACCAGGAGUGCCUCCGACUGGGCUCCAACAACAUGUCGACCCGCCUCGUGCUGUCCGACACUCUGCUGGCCGAUCGGUACUUCUUGCGCGCCGGUUCGGUUGUGCAGAUUGCUGCUGGUGUCAUCCACGCGGACCCAACGCUCUGGGGUGCUGAUGUCGACACGUUUGACCCGGCAAGAUUUCUUCCCAAGUCGGCAGCAAAACCGGAUAAAUCGGACAAGGCCACGCCGGCAGUUCCCAAACGGCACCCUGCCGCGUUCCGCGCAUUUGGUGGCGGUAAAACGCUAUGCCCCGGACGACACUUUGCGACAGCCGAGAUUCUGUCGUUUGCCGCCGCAGUGGUGCUGAUGUUUGACGCCGAGGACGCGGCCGCAGCUGCCAAGGGCCAGCACGGGGUGCCACCCAAAGUUCCGCCGCGAAACGACCGGGUGCUGCCCAUUCAUAUCUUGGAGCCUGCUGCAAAGGAUGUACCGCAGGUCCGGCUUCAGCUGCGACGGUCGGGGCGACCUCUUCGCGUCGUGCCAUAG